CUAGUAGUCUAUAUUAUUAAGGAGUUCCCUUUUGAGGCUUUUCCACGCCAAGCGAUCCACGAUCAGUCCCCAGGAAAGUGGACCAAACUUUUGAUCUUUGACAUCAAACCAAAAGAUCACUUUUCGAGGUCAUCGACACAUUGCCAACGAGGCGAGCAUUCUCUGCAACCCAACAUGGCCCCAAUAUUCCCAGUAGGAAUAGUCCUUGCCUUGAUUGCAGUCAUGACAGUGAGAUACCAGAAUGUUCAGGAGCAGCAGCAAAUGAGUGCCACUGACAUCAAGAGUACCCAAGGAAAUAUCACCACAGCCACCAUCGUCAGCGGUGCACUGGAAAAGGCCAGGGAGAUCCGUCCUCCUGCUAUUAGUGUCACAAAGGGUGGCGAAUAUGAACAUGGAGAAUUCUGGGGAGACCAGGAUCCUGUGAUCAAGGCUGCUUGGGAAGAAUGGUGGAACCAACAAGAGACACACUUGCCCGAUCUUUUGGAUCCUAAAUAUGAAAUGAUGGAUGCGUCUCUGGCACAAGCUAUCCAACAAUUGCGGAAGCGGCCUUCUGAAGAAAAUGAGGACCAACUAAGACAACUAUUCCAACCCAUUGUCACAAAUCAAGUCUACCAAAUUCCAUUCUUGACACCUCGUGGAGUCCAAUUGUUGCGACAGCAUUUGGAUGCUGCUUCCUACUACUACAACGACCGCAAGCGUCACAACAAUCAGACACAAGAAGACAACAUCGACAAUGUAUUAAUAGAAGCAGCAGGAAUACCAACCCGCCGUCCCAAUGGCAUGAAUCGCUAUGGCGUCAUUAUUGAUCCCAACAUUGAAGGAGCGGUUUCCUAUCCUGGAAUCAAUACCUGGAUGCAACAGUUGGUGGAUGAAUUUGUCCGCCCUCUGCUUCGCAUGCUCUUUCCACAGUUGACUUCUAGACAUCAUCCGGAAGAUGAUUGUGAAUCCUAUGCCUUUACCAUUCGCUAUCAUCCAGAAGAAGAUAUGGAACUCAAGGAACAUUCGGAUGCUUCUGUCUACACCAUCAACAUCAAUUUGAAUCUAGCAGAAACGACCACUUCCAAUCGCGACAACAAUCAAAAGAAAAGUACACAGCAACAAUCUACUAGACCAUCCGAGCAGUACAAAGGAUCCUCUCUCUACUUUUUGGAUCCUGUUACAGGUUCUCAACGGCAUGUUUCUUUUGCUCCAGGAACAGCUGUGCUCCAUCGUGGAUUGAUACGGCAUGCUGCCUUGCCCAUCCAAGAGGGAGAGAGGCACAAUCUUGUCAUUUGGUUGUUUGGUCGGCAUGGGUAUGUCCGGUUUGGGGAAUAUCCCAAGAUAGAACGGCUGACAGUCGCCGAUCGGUGGGGAUGAAUGAACACAUGCACUCAAACUUUGUUUUAGUUAGAUUGUGCCGGGUGCGACGGUUCUUGGCACCCGAGAAUGGGCACAACACAGGCUGCAUCCUGGCUCGAACAGUCACAAACGGCGUGGAUGCCCUCAUCUCGUCACUGCCAGCUACAUAGCUAGUAGGUUACACACGAAAACCAACUAGUCUAUCAUGAACAAAGCAAUCAUAGUAAUAAAAUUUCUAGAUACUUGUGUUUAAACCUU